ACUCGUUAUUAGCAAAUAAAACCUUAUGGUCUGUAUUUAUAUAGAGCUUUUCUCGCUUCACACUACAGUUGUCACCCAUUCACACGUCUUUCAUACGCUGGAACGUGGGGUUAAAGGGAUAGUUUGGAUUUUUUUAAGUUGUAUGACACAGACCCCUGGAGUAGAGCCAUGGUUCAGAGCAGAGUAAAGUAGUUCUGGGAGAGAGUUUGUGACACAUAGCCACAAACAUGCAUGCAUGUUAUGUGAACAAGUUUGAACAAAAACCACUGCAGAUCAGUAUGUCACCAUUGCUCAACCCCAACUCCUCAUUUUUUACAGUUCAGUUCAGUAAAUGUCAUGUACUUCACUACUUUUACUGGAGUCAGUUUCUGGUCACAUACUUGUACUUUGUGUUAUUUCAGAGAUAACACUGAGGGCGUUUUUCACUUCUGGUUUCAUCCCGCCACUUUCAUUUCAAAUUUCCCCGUUCUCUUCUCUGAUUGGACGAUGACACUAACGCUCAGUGUGACCAAUGAGGGAGCAGCUGGUGAAUAUAUAAACACGGUCGCUCUAACUUCUUGUCUUCGCCACAAAAGAAUAAACCGAAACAGUAAAUAUGUCUGGAAGAGGCAAAGCCGGUAAAGUCCGAGCCAAGGCGAAGACUCGCUCCUCCCGUGCCGGUCUCCAGUUCCCGGUGGGCCGCGUGCACAGGCUCUUGAGGAAGGGUAAUUACGCCCAGCGUGUCGGCGCCGGAUCUCCGGUUUAUCUGGCCGCUGUGCUCGAGUAUUUGACCGCUGAGAUCCUGGAGCUGGCCGGAAACGCCGCCCGCGACAACAAGAAGACCAGAAUUAUCCCGCGCCACCUGCAGCUGGCUGUCCGCAACGACGAGGAGCUCAACAAGCUGCUCGGCGGCGUCACCAUCGCACAGGGCGGAGUCCUGCCCAACAUACAGGCCGUUCUUCUGCCCAAGAAGAGCGACAAGGCCGCUGCUAAGAAGUGAGCCGGAAACACGGGAUAACCGCAGCAACCAACGCAACAACGGCUCUUUUCAGAGCCACACACUCGCUUCACUUAAAGACACAAGCCUCUGAAUAACUGGUUAUUAAAUCAGACGUUUUGAUCUUCAGACAAUUACCUUAAUUAAUAACUAUCUUGAAGCUUUUUGUUUUCUUCAAAACACAGUGUGAAAAGUUUAUACGGGAAGUUGUUGUUGCUGAAGAUGUUUAAAUGUAAUGUGUUUCCUAAAUUUAAUUAACAUAUACAUUCAUUCGUUAAUUAAUUACGUAAAGUUACUUAAAAUAACUUUACUGUACUGUUUUAAUAUCCGUUAUUAAAAGUUUAAGCAUUCAAAAAAAUCUUAAAUAAUGUUAUCGUAAAACUAUACAGGAAGCAUACACCACUGUUGAUACCCCCAUGUCAUUCAUGCUGCAGCUGGCCAAAGACCCCCACUCACAGAACUUCACAAAGCCCCCAUAACCCGAUAAAUGCACUUGUAGAGCACUUCUCUUAAACAUCACACACACAUACACACCCAUGCAAAUAAUAUGCACAUACACAGGGUGUCUUCGUUUGUUUUUGGGUUUUCUUUUCCUUUUUUAUUUGUGCCUUGGUCUUCCUUUGCUAAAACCUCACAUGCCUCCUCCCACCUUUCCGGUCCACUCCUGAUGUUACAGACUAUGGAUAGAAAAGGGCAGAAGCCCUGAGCUAUCCCUCCAGGCUCAUG